AUGGCCUCCCAGAAGGACAUGCUCAGAGUCGCCGAAAUCCCCGUCGAUUCAUGUGACUCACGUCCUCAAUCGGGUCGGAUUUGCAAUGAGCCUUCGACGGAGAAGAGCCACUCGACCGCUCCAAAGAUGGCCGGUACAUCAUCAUCAGCUCCUGACAGCCGUCGGACUCCAAAGCGAAAGCGGACAGGUUCCCCUCCAUCUCCCUCCUUGAAUACGCCCCCACAGUGUUUGCGUUCAGCUUCUCGCAGCACUCGACGGUGUGUACCUCCUAGUAGUCGCCACAGCUCGUUUUCUUCGCACCAUCGCGCAGCAACUGUUUCUUCGCUUACACCGUCCCUGGCUCCCAGUUUGGAUGACGAAGAGAUCCGACGUCAGGACCUUUUGUCUUUGCAUCGGGAAUCUUGUCGACUGUUUCAAAAUAACAGACUGUCUCGUUUCAACGAGCACAACGAGCCCCCCUCGUCCUCCGCUGGCACUCAUACACCUCCACGUACCGUUCACACGUAUUCAAAUAUCAGUACGCCUCCGCUUUCUCCCGUCCUCAGCGGCCAACUCAUCGACUGUAACUCUCCGGUCCGGGUAUGCUCCGUCUUCAGCGAUGCUCACGGUGGGGAUCCAAUUUUACCGAUACAAUCCUCCGCCACAGUAAUCGACUGGACCUCGCCGUCAACCCGGCGACGUGAGUACGAGAAGAUCGACCGAGCCAGCAGCGGUAUGCGAGGAUUCUGGCGCCGGGUCGCUCCCCGAUGGUGCCAGUCUAGAGACAAUCGCACUCCGUUCUUCGAAGAGGGGAAAGACGGCAAAGGGAAUUACGAGGGGAGUGUACGGAGAUUUCGCAUGGAUCUCCCGGACGAGCCAGUUACCGAGAAUAAAGUAGGAUUGAAGCUAAAAAGAAAGCUGGUAGUGGGAAGGAUUGGAACUCGGCGGAGAAGUGGUUCUGCGUGA